AAAGCAGACGCAGACGGAGCAGAAGGAGGUUAACAAGAGAAAAAACAAGCAUGUCUCACAGGAAGAGGAGCUUCACUUUUGGAGCAUAUGGGGGAGUGGACAAAACUUUCUCCAGGUCAAGGCAUGUUUGGAAGCAAGAUGGCAGAAUCCCACGAAUAUCUGACCCGUUAGAACGUCCUGGUCGGGUCAAGUCCUUACCGCCAUUACCUGCUCAGACUCUUCUAAAGAGCAGUAGAAUGGAUGAGCAGCGGUGCUCUCUUCCACCUCCUCUCAAAACAGAGGAAGACUACAUUCCAUAUCCCAGCGUCCAUGAGGUAUUGGGGCGCACAGGCACUUUACCUCUGAUUCUGCUGCCUCAGUUUGGGGGUUACUGGAUUGAAGGAACCAAUCAUGAUUUAGGCUCCUCCUCCACACCUGAGGAACCGCCCCCUUGUCCCGCAUCACAGGUUAAACUGGAGACCAACAGCAUAGCCAAGAUCUACAGGAAAGACUUUCUGGGGAAGGAGCACUUUAAUUAUUACUCAGUGGACAGUGCUCUGGGACACCUGAUCUUUUCCAUGAAGUAUGAUGUGAUUGGAGACCAGGAGCACCUUCGACUGCUGCUCAGGUCAAGGUUUAAAACCUACCACGAUGUGAUACCAAUUUCUUGUCUGACCGAGUUCCCUAAUGUCAUCCAGAUGGCAAAGCUUGUCUGUGAAGAGGUGAAUGUGGACAGAUUUUAUCCUGUCUUAUAUCCAAAGGCAUCGAGACUCAUCGUGACCUUCGAUGAGCACGUCAUCAGCAACAACUUCAAGUUUGGAGUCAUUUACCAGAAGUUUGCCCAGACAUCAGAAGAGGAGCUGUUCGGAAACAAUGAGGAAAGUCCAGCUUUUGUUGAGUUUCUGGAGUUCCUGGGAGAGAAGAUUGAUCUUCAUGAUUUUAAAGGUUUUCGUGGUGGCCUGGAUGUGACACAUGGCCAGACAGGAACAGAGUCGGUGUAUGUUAACUUCCACAAUAAAGAGAUCAUGUUCCACGUGUCCACCAAACUGCCCUACACUGAAGGAGAUUCACAGCAGCUCCAGAGGAAGAGGCAUAUAGGAAAUGACAUUGUGGCCAUUGUGUUCCAAGAAGAAAAUACGCCAUUUGUACCUGAUAUGAUUGCAUCCAACUUCCUUCAUGCUUAUGUGGUGGUGCAGGUGGAAAACGCCUGCACUGAUAACGUCCUCUAUAAGGUGUCUGUAACAGCAAGAGACGAUGUGCCUUUUUUUGGUCCUGCUCUGCCAGAUCCGGCUGUCUUUAAAAAGAGUUCAGAGUUUCACGAGUUCCUCUUGACCAAACUGAUCAAUGCUGAAUAUUCCUGCUAUAAAGCAGAGAAGUUUGCCAAGCUAGAGGAAAGGACGCGUUCGGCUCUGCUGGAGACUUUAUAUGAGGAGCUGCACAUGAACAGCCAGUCCAUGAUGGGUUUAGGAGGAGAUGACGACAAGCUGGAAAAUGGAGGAGGAGGAGGAGGAGGAUUCUUCGAGUCGUUCAAGCGAGUAAUCCGCAACAGAAGUCAGUCUAUGGAUGCUAUGGGCCUCAGUAACAAGAAACCGCACACAGUCUCCACAAGCCACAGUGGAAGCUUUACCCACAAUCCUCCAGAAACCCCCAAAACACCUGGCAUUUCCUUGAUUAUUCCUGGAAAAAGUCCAACACGUAAGAAAUCCGGUCCAUUUAGUUCCAGGAGGAGCAGCGCCAUUGGGAUUGAGAACAUACAAGAGGUUCAGGAGAGAAGUAGUCGAGAGGUGUCCCCGAGUCCACAGAGGUCAUCUGAUGGUGGACACUUCACUCAGGACUUCCGGCUAGACAGCUCAUCCAAUCAGAGCUCACCUGAGAUGGCAACCACCAAGAUCGGUUCGGCCCUGUGCUGUCGAGCUCCAUCUAUCCCCGAGUCUCAGGAUUUGUCUCGCUCUUCGUCCAACGACAGCAGCUUCACCAGUGUGGUGGAGGAUCAUGAAGCGACAGAGGACUACGACACAGGACUGGAGAGUCUGUCUUCAGCCGGUACGCCUCACAAACGAGAUUCAUUUCCAUACAGCUCUGUUUGGUUGGAGGACGCUUCUGCUGGCUCCAGUCAGAGCAGUUCACAUGCAGGUCCCUUUCGACAGCAGUCUGAACCUCUACGUCCAAAAACAGAGAGACAACACUCGAACUGCUAGCUGACCUGUAGGCCGUAAAAGACUUCAUGGAUGUCCAUCAGCAGCAUUUUCAUAAGCAGCCUCUGCAGCGGACACUGCUCGUGCUCACAGGAGAAACGGAUGUGAAGGAGAUGGAGGUGCUAGUUUCAGUCCUGCGGAGAACAGAAUAUGAGCUGGACAACAACCACUUAAUCUUCUCCGUCAUCAGGAGAAACAGCAAACCUACCUGGCCAGAGCUGAGGAACAAGAGCUGGCAGCUGGGAAAUAACCACGCAUGAUCUUGUGGCCGUUUCUGAGCCAUGUUUCACUCUCUCUUUCGUUCUCAUAACGGUGGCCCUCGUUGUGUGGGUUUUUCUUUGUCAUAUUUAUUUAUUUAUUGAGGCUCACUGGUGAAAUGGGGCUUUCAGAAUGACAACCGAGGUUCAACCUUAAACAAUCAUGCUUAAAAUACGCCGUAAUGCACAUCUGUGUGUGAUUCUGAUUCGUUUUGUGUCAGUAAUGGUGUUGAAUAUCGGUAAAUGUUAAAUGUUGCUGUAGUUCUGAUGUUACAAAUCCAGGCCUUCUUCAGAUCACGUCUCGUAAACUAAACAUAGGCAUUUUUAUAAUUUAUCGAUCCGGUGUGAGAUGCUGUAUACUUUUGAAAUAUUAUUUAUUACGUUUAUGCCGAUCGACAUAUUCUGUAUGGCCACGGCUGCUCGUGGUUAAACUGACAUGUGUGUGUACACUAAUGUAGUCGCUUCAUGUUUGUAGUGUCAUGUUUUAAAGCUAGAUUUUAAGGAUCAGAGUCUCUCAAGUCCUGAAGCCUGUUUUGCUUAUGUGGCGAAUGAGCAAAAUGAAUGUAAACCUGGACUAAAAACACUAGGUCAGAACAUACUGCACAGAACAAAUGUUGGAUGUUUUAUUUCCUUUUCAAACACAAAUUGCACGUUUUAUUCGUUUUAUGUUUUGUUUUGUUUUUUAAUGUAAUGUUUCUAUUUCAGAUUGUAUAAUCCAUAUGUUCGUUUGUUUGUUUUUACUUAAAGGGAUAGUUCAUCUAAAAAUGGAAAUGUGCUUAGUUGAUCGGCCACCAGCAUUUUGAAAGGCAAAACAAAAUACAUGGAACCAUAUGCAGAACAGUCUGCGCUAGGGCUGCAUCAUUCUGGCUAAAAUGAGAAUCACUAUUUUGCUUAAAAUCAAGAUCACGAUUUUUAGAGGGGUUUUGGCCAUUUCCAAGCUGGUUUCCAGCCAUUUCCAGCCUGGUCUUAGCUGGUCAGGCUGGAAAAUGACCAGCUAAAACCAGCUUGUCCAGCCUAGGCAGGCAACCAACUAUGUCCAGUUUAAACUAGGCUGGUCAAGCUGGUUUUAGAUGGAUUUAGCUGGUCAUUGACCAGCUAAGACCAGCCUGGAAAUGGCCAAAACCCCUCUAAAACCAGGCUGGUCAACCAGCUAAAACCAGCCAACCAGCCUAGGCUGGUUUAAGCUGGAUUUUUCAGCAGGGUAACGAUUCUGUAGAUGUAAUAAAGGUUAAUAUGAGUAGGCUGUUAUUAUUGUUAUUCUCAAACAUAUGGUAAAACAACAACAAUAAUAUAGGCCAGUGUGUAGGUCUACUGUUGGUUAAAAUGCUCAAUUUUAUAUAGACUUUGAAUGGUGGACUUGAACAGACUUUAAAUACUGUACGUACUAUUCACAGUAAAGUGACGACAUUAGAAUAUUCAUAAUUCUAAUGUUGAAUUAUUAUGUUUGAGACGUAUGCUUGUCAUUUGUCAUUGACAACAUUAUUAGCCCAUUUUAUUCCACUGAUAAAAUGAAACAUUGGUCAUUAUCAGAUUCCCUCAUGUAUUAUAUUCAACAUUAUAUAGGCUAGAGUAGUUAUACUGACC